CGUUUUUCUUGACUUUUCCGUCCAUUUCAGUCGCUCGUCACUACCACAUCCUUUUUAACCGGGACAACAUGGCUACUGCAGCGAGCCGUUACUACAGCGAGGACGGCAGGGCAACGAAACGGCAGAAAACCGACGGAAUGGCCACGGGAUAUGAAGAUCCACACAAGACACUUCCUUCUGUGGUGGUACACGUCCGAGGGCUGGUGGAUGGUGUUACAGAGGCGGACCUUGUGGAGGCCUUGCAAGAAUUUGGCGCAAUCAGCUACGUAGUGGUGAUGCCCAAGAAGCGGCAGGCACUGGUGGAGUAUGAAGACAUGAACGGAUCAUCCACAGCCGUAACCUACGCCGCAGACAACCAAGUGUACAUCGCCGGCCACCCAGCCUUUAUCAACUACUCCACUAGUCAAAAGAUCUCCAGGCCGGGAGACUCUGACGACUCUAGAAGUGUUAACAAUGUUCUUCUGCUCACCAUCAUGAACCCAAUCUACCCCAUCACCACGGAUGUCCUCUACACUAUCUGCAACAACUGUGGACCCGUCCAGAGAAUCGUCAUCUUCAGGAAGAACGGCGUCCAGGCGAUGGUUGAAUUCGACUCUGUGCAAAGCGCCCAACGGGCCAAAGCGUCGCUCAACGGAGCAGAUAUCUACUCCGGCUGCUGCACGCUGAAGAUCGAGUACGCCAAGCCAACUCGCCUGAAUGUGUUCAAGAAUGACCAAGACACCUGGGACUACACAAACCCCAAUCUGGGAGGACCAGAUGGUGAUGCAGAUGGCAAUGGGAGCAAUGCAGAAGAUGUAAAUGCCAACCCCAACAAGCGCCAGAGACAGCCUGCUCUGCUGGGCGACCACCCUCCCGAGUACGGAGGUGGUUACCAUGGCUACGAUGAAAGCUAUGGAUCUCCGCCCUAUGAGGGCCGCCGCAUGGGUCCACCGAUGAGAGGGCGUGGGGGAAGAAGCUACGGGCCGGGCUACGGACCUCCUCCCCCUCCUCCCGGCGAGUAUGGCGGCCACGCUGAGUCUCCAGUUGUCAUGUUGUACGGCUUGGACCCCGUCAAGAUGAACGCCGACCGUGUUUUCAAUAUCUUUUGUCUCUAUGGCAAUGUAGAGCGGGUGAAGUUCAUGAAGAGUAAGCCGGGGGCAGCUAUGGUGGAAAUGGGAGACUGCUAUGCAGUGGACCGCGCCAUCACUCACCUCAACAACAACUUUCUCUUUGGACAGAGAAUGAAUGUGUGUGUGUCCAAGCAGCAAGCCAUUGUACCUGGUCAGUGUUAUGAGCUGGAGGACGGCACAAGUAGUUUCAAGGACUUCCACGGGUCCAGGAACAACCGGUUCACUUCACCAGAACAGGCGGCCAAAAACCGCAUUCAGCACCCGAGCAACGUGUUGCACUUCUUCAACGCCCAGCCAGACGUCACGCCAGAGGUCUUCUCCCAGAUCUGUGAUGAGAUCGGCGUCAAGUGCCCCGUCAACGUCAAAAUGUUCACAGGAAAGAGUGGCGCCGCUCCCAGUGACCGCAGUGCCUCUGGUCUGUUAGAGUGGGAGUCCAUCAAUGACGCCAUGGAGGCGCUGGCCCUGAUGAACCACUACCAGAUGAAAAACGCGGGUACGUGCAAGACCCUCACAUCUUCACAUGCGGCUGGUCCUUACCCUUACACCCUCAAAUUGUGCUUCUCCACCGUUCAGCACGCCAACUGAGCGCGAAACCCUUGUAGCCAGGAAGACGAAGAUCGGUCCACCAUUCCCACGUUCACAUGUACUUUUGACCAUGACUGCUUGCAACACACCGGGGGGGGAAUUUAGAUUUUCAAAACCACCUUAAAUACUGUGAAAUAACAUCUUUUCACGACGACCCUUAAAAAGCCGACUUAACAAAUGCUAACAAGCAUUUACAUAUUUUGAUAUUUAUGCCCCAGAUGUGGUCGAUAGAGUAUCAGUACCUGUGUGUGUCUUCAAUAUUAAGUUGUCCUUUUUACUUUUUGUAUUAUGCUUAUACAGUAACCUGACGUAUAUGAGAAAGCAUAUUUGAAAGAAUUAGUGUUAUAUAUGCUCAGGUGGUUCAGUGGCAGUGACGACGUGGUUUUUUUUGUAAAAGAUUUGUCUUUUGAAACUUUUAUUAUAGCUCACCUUUUUUUUUUUUCUUCUUUUUGCGUUAUUUUAAUUGCUACUUGUUCAAUUCUGCGUCUCCAUGUAUGCAGAUGGAGAAUUGUUUUGUUCUAAGAAAAUAAAAAAAAUCAACGUAAAA